AUGGCGGACUCGGAUCCUAUAUCUGACUCGACGCCGAAUAAGAGGAGGAGACUGAAUGGUACAGCCAAACCUUGGGACUCGGAGAACGACAGCGGCGACGACCUCGUCGGCGAGGAGGACUAUGAGACUCUUGCUACCAUGCCGCUGGCCGCUGCCAAGUCGAAGCAACUGUCAUACCCGGCGAGCGCCUUUCACACAGAUAUGGACUCGAUGACCAUGAGAGGCACGCAGCAGCCACAGCGAACAGCUCAUAUGACACAACCUACACAAUUACUGUCUUCCCAGCAACGAUCGCAGCACGUCACACAGCCUACACAGCCACUCACUCAAAAGAGACCGUCCCCUCCGAGUAGUGACGUUCUGGUCGGUCGGAGUUCUCCUCCAGCUGCAGCUACUGUCUCUCCUGCGCCAGCAGGGCCUGCACAUCCUGUUUUCAAGAGACCAAGAGGCAGCUACCUAUCACAAGCACUUGCGCCGGCAGGCACAAACUUUCGCCAACCUUUGGGUGUGCAGUCUCGGCCGACGCCUAUCGCACUCGAUGACAGCGAUGACGACCCACCAGUACUGCAUAGCUCUGACGAAGAAACGCAAGGCUUGAGCUCGAAUAUCAGACCGACUGUGUUUCGGAAUGGUGGACGUGGGCUCGACUCCACGCCAAACAGGAGCAGUGCUCCCAGUAGCGAUCAGACAAUCCGCGAGUCGCCUCGACCGGUUGCUUCGAGUGGCGGGCCAAGCACCUUUGCUAGUCUCAUGGCUGGCUUUACGCACGACUCGAGUCAUCAAAAUCAAUACAGGCGUCCUGCUGCAGAUGAUUUAGCAGCAUCAUAUGGCGGUGUCACACGUCAUGUACGGCCACAGCAACGUCAGCAGAUGCCCGCACGUGCUGUUCCGGUCAAUGCCGUACGAUACAGGACUCUCGAGGAUGUUGAGGACUAUAUCGUACGGAAGAAGAUAGAGAGCAUACGCCUGAUCUUGACGGACGAGAGCGUGCAGCGUUGUCAUGAUGCUCUUGCUGCCAAGCGUGGCAACGUAGAUGAUGCCAUGGAAUGGCUAGCUACGACAGAGGACCCACCGCCUUUCAGUGACGUCGGUGGGAGGCGGAAUGACGGCCCCGAUGAUGGCCCAGAUGAGCUGUCGACUAUGAGUCCAGUCAUGAGACGUGGUGUCGCCAUGAGCAAGUCCUCACAAUUGCAAGCAUCGCAAGCUCCACGACCAACUGCCAAGCAGGAGGUCAAGAUCCCCUCGAAAACGAUUGCGGAGCGCUAUGGUGCUACUCAGCGCAAGCCGUCACGUCCUACCCUCGCUGAUGAGUCGGAAGAAGAGGACGAGGAGGAGGUCAGACCGAAAGGUAGGCUACUCAAGGGACGGAAGCCCAAUCGAGAGCCAAGUCCGCCUUCUUCGCCGCCGGCACAGAAGCCGCCUCAGCCGAGGCAAAAGAUUCAGCAAAAGCAGAGGGCUGUAAUCACCAUCGACGACGACGAGGACGAUGACGACUCGGGUGUAGGUAGGGAUGUAAGUGAAGACGUCGAGGAAGUGGCUCCUGUCGAAUCAGCUUUCGAAACGCGCCUGCUCAAGAUGUUCAACGAUGCCACUGCACGAGAACUAUCCGAGCUCUCUGGCCAGCCGGAGGACAUCACUGCUUUCGUCAUUGAGCAGCGACCCUUCGCCAGUGUGGAUGUCGUCCGCACGGUCAGCAAAGCUGGACCAAAGUCGCGGUCUAGACCGAUUGGUGAUAAGCUAGUCGACGACUCGUGGGCUAUGUUGGCUGGCUAUGAAGCUGUCGAUGAGCUGGUAGAGGAGUGCGCCAAGAUUGCCAAGCCGAUACAGAAGGCAUUGAAGGGUUGGAGCAUGAAUCGUGACGAUGGAGAGCUGGAGCUCAUGAAUCUGGAUGAUGCACAUGACUCUGGGAUCGGCACUCCAGCGAGCUCGACAUCUUCCGAUGACUUACCAGCCAGGAGGGGCAACUUCCUGAAGCAGCCGAAGACUAUGGAUCAGGUUCUUAGGCUGAAAGAUUAUCAGCUUGUGGGUCUAAAUUGGUUGAAUCUUCUGUGGGACAAGAAGAUCUCCUGUAUCCUCGCCGAUGACAUGGGUCUCGGCAAGACUUGUCAGGUCAUCUCGUUCCUUGCACAUUUGCAAGAAUCAGAAGUCGACGGCGUGCACCUCAUCAUUGUGCCUGGGUCGACGAUCGCCAAUUGGCUACGAGAGUUCGGCCGCUUCGCCCCAGACCUUCGUGUAGUCCCUUACUAUGGCACGCAGGCAGAGCGCGCUGAGCAACGUGUGAGAAUCGAGGACGAGUUCCACGAGAUCGAUGUCGUCGUGACCACCUACGAUGUCGCCGUCAAAGUCGAAGACAACCAGUUCUUGCGGAAGCAAAUCGAUCCCGCGGUCUGCGUGUUCGACGAAGCACAUCUGCUUCGCAAUCCAACUACGGAUCGUUACCAGCAACUUGCGAAGAUCAAGGCAGACUUUAGGCUAUUGCUUACUGGCACACCACUGCAGAACAAUCUACAGGAACUCGUGGCCAUCCUCGCCUUCAUCAUGCCGGGCAUUUUCCAUGAGAAGCGGGAUAGGCUUAAUUUCAUCUUCGACCAGAAGGCAAGCACGAAGGAUACUAGCAAUACGGCUAUGCUGGCAGCUGAUCGUAUUGCACGCGCGCGCACCAUGAUGACGCCUUUCAUCCUACGGCGAAAGAAGGCGCAGGUCCUGGAACUUCCAGCUAAGCAUAGUCGAGUCGAGUGGUGUGACAUGACCGCCACGCAAGCCAGUUUCUACAAUGGUCUUAUCGUCGAAGCUAGGGAAGCCCUCCAAUCAGGUAGGGCUGCCGAGCGAGCCAAGAAGAGCUCAAAUAUUAUGAUGUCUCUUCGUAAAGCUGCGAUUCAGCCGCUCCUGAGUCGACGUAUAUACACCGAUGCCAAGAUCGACAAGAUUGUGUCAGCGCUCGUCCGACAUGAGGAGUUCUCUACUAACCCGCCAGAGAAGGUUCGCGCUUACAUCAAUGGCGAGGCUAAGACUGGCCAGAAGCUUGAGGGAGGCGAUUACGGGCUGCACAAGUUCUGUGCUGAGAGGCCAUAUCUUGAUCGCUACACGCUUAAGAAGAGAGAGUGGAUGGACAGCGGCAAGGUGAAGAAGUUCGAGGAGCUUGUCACGGCAUAUGCCAAGAACAGCGAUCGCGUGCUAGUCUUCUCACAAUUCACCACGCUCAUGGAUAUUCUUGAGGCUGUGCUUGAGACUCUGGGUAUCAAGUUCAUGCGGCUUGAUGGCUCGACCAAGAUGGAGGUGCGGCAGGAUAUGAUUGACCAAUUUUAUGAGGACAAGACCAUCACCGUCUUCAUGCUGUCAACUCGAGCUGGAGGUGCAGGCAUCAACCUGGCUGCAGCGAAUAAAGUCAUCAUCUUCGACUCUGGCUUUAACCCGCAAGACGACAUCCAGGCUGAAAACCGUGCUCAUCGUGUUGGUCAGACACGUGAGGUUGAGGUGGUUAGGCUUGUGACCAAGGGUACGAUCGAAGAGCAAAUUCAUGCUCUGGGUGAGUCGAAGCUGGCGCUUGAUGAGAAGGUUGCUGGUGAUGGGACGGAGGAAGCGGAGAAGGUUGGGAGGAAGAUGGUUGAGAAGAUGUUUUUGGAGAGUUUGCAGAAGGUGGAGGUGGAUGGGAAAGAGGAGGCGAAGGCGAAGGAUGAGAAGAAAGGUGGCAAGGGCAGGGAUGGGGAUUUGAAGAAUAUGUUCAAGUCUGGGCUGGAGAGUAGUGGGGUGAUGGUUGCUUCGAAGCAAGCACAGUUUUGA